GCCUCUUUCAACGCAGCAGGCAAGGAAAGGUAAGUUAAAUUACAGUCCAUUGGUGAAAGAACCUUAGUAUCCUCGCUUCUCCGAUUCAAAUAAUCACAUGCAGUUUGUUAUUCCGCCUUUCGAUCUCCACGGCAGUGUGUGAAAACCUACCAAUAGUGAGAAAGAUGGGGUCAAUGCAAGGGAAGUUCAAGUGGAUCCAUCCCACUCCAGCAGAGCUUCCACGUUGGGGGAGCUUCUGAUCCUCUCCAUUGCGUAUUUUCUUCCAUCCUGUGCUAUCAGUUCUGCAAGAUCUCUACAACAGGACGUUCAGAUUCUUUGCUUUCCUUCUUCCAAUUUCCAUUUUGCUUCAAUUCCACUGCGCACGGUAUGGCAUCACUGAGCGUUUCCGUCAUUGUAGGACUUCUCGUUGGCAGCACCAUUGGUGUCAAUAACGGUCUCGCAAGAACGCCUCAAAUAGGGUGGGUAAGUUCCAAGAAGCCCAAAUAUCCUCUCGUCUGUUCCAAUCCAUCCCAUGGCUGCGCUGACACGCUCGAGAAUAAUUGGAAUUCUUUAGGCUGCGAUGUAUCCGACUCAUUGCUCCUCGACACAUCCGACAAGCUCGUCAGCUCUGGCCUCCGGGACGUAGGUUACACAUACGUUGUUCUAGAUGACUGCUGGUCGGCCGGACGUAGAGACUCAGACCAAUGGCUCCUUGCAGAUCGGAAGAAGUUUCCUCGCGGUAUGAAAGCGGUGGCUGAUGACAUUCACGCUCUUGGGUUACUUUUCGGGAUGUAUUCCAGUGCUGGGGAGAUGACGUGUGCGAGGUUUGCUGGCUCGUUGGAUUUCGAGAGUCAGGAUGCGCAGGCAUUCGCAUCGUGGGGUGUGGAUUAUCUGAAAUAUGACAACUGCUAUCAUAUGGGCAGGUUUGGCACGCCCCAGAUAUCGUACAAUCGAUACGAUGUAAUGUGGAAAGCUCUGAAUGCCACAGGAAGACCUAUAUUGUAUAGCUUAUCCAACUGGGGAGAAGAUUAUGUCCACACGUGGGGAAUGUCUCUUGCAAAUUCGUGGAGAAUGUCGGGCGACAUAUACGAUGCGUUCACUAGGCCAGACGCACUUUGCAGUUGUGGUGAUGCGAAAGAUCCGCAUUGCAUUGCACCAGGCACUCACUGCUCUGUUUUGAGCAUAAUGAACCGAGUCUCCGCAUUCUCAGAUCGUGCACAGCCCGGAGGCUGGAACGAUCUUGAUAUGCUCGAAGUGGGAAAUGGAGGCAUGACAGAUGAUGAGUACAAAGCGCAUUUCUCCAUGUGGGCUGCAUUAAAGUCGCCAUUGCUCAUGGGCCAUGAUCUGCGUACAAUGUCCCCAACAACUCUCACGAUACUCAACAAUCCAGCAAUCAUUGCAAUAAGCCAAGAUCCACUUGGCCUCGCUGUUAAUCUCGCACUUCGCGAUACGAAUGUCAAGAAAGACAAGUAUGGAAUGGGCGAGACACAUUUGUGGACUGGCCAGCUCGCCGGCGGGGAUCAAGUCGUAAUUCUGUUCAAUGCUGCAGACCAAGACAUCCACAUGUCUGCAUCGCUGGAAGAAAUAUUCUACUAUGAAGGGCCAGAAGGUUCAGCGCCACAGGCAAAGCAAGCUUGGGAUGUGUAUGAUUUGUGGGCGGGGAGGAUGGACAUCGAAACGGCGCAGAAGAUUCUCGUUGAUGACGAUGACUUGCGGUCCCGUGAGCAACUUUUGAAGGAGGCGAAUUGGUACAAUUCUAGUGCGAUGAGCUAUAAGGAAGGCCUGAAAUCCGGAGACCCAAGACUCUUGGGGAAGAAAACUUCAUCUAUUGCGGCAGGUGGGACCUUGAGUGUGCUGGUUAAGAGACACUCUGCAGAAGCUUUCCGUUUGAGAAAUCCAGGGGAAAAGACAGCGAGGUAUUCUAUGGCGAAAGAUGAGCUAUAGCUCCGAGUCGGACGUAAUGCAGACACGAAGGAAUAAGACUAGACGUUAUAGAAGCUAGGCGAGAUGCGAUAAAGGGCGUCUGGCGUUCCUGCUAUUCUGUCAAUGCACUCCUUGACUUGAGCACUACGCAAAGAACACUAGAACCAAUUUGGAAGCCUUCUUGCCAAGAUCUUGAAGUUCGAAUGACGCAAUAAAGUGAUGAACAUGAUGCUGUUGAUGGAGUAUUC